AUGUUGACGUUGGAUUUUAUUACUUGCACACCGCCGCGUGCUGGUGUCGCUGACGUGCAGAGCUAUGACCACGACGCCGAGUUCGUGCCUGUCGAGCAGAGCCGCGGCCCGAGCUCAAUCGAGGCCGUGGAAGUACCAGCAGUUGGUGAGGACAGUGACGGCGGACACUCUCAUCACGACGAAAGCGACGAAGAAGGCCGUCAGUUCGUGUUCCCGCGCGUGCGCAUCUUCCGCAUCCCGUUCAUGCGCACGCCGCCGCUGUUUCCAAGCCUGUUCCAACAACGCCGCCCCUCGGUGUUUGCUGCAGAGGACGACUCGUCAUCGUCCAUGUUUGGCGGCGGAAGCGACGAAGUUGACAAGCGUGUAAAUGACCCGGAGUCUACGGAAAGUGAAGCUGAUUUUGACUUCGUGCCGCCUGUCCGACGCCCGUCCGUCACCCUGCCCUCGCUCUCUGACAUCUUCGGCGAGUUCAACCGUCGCAUGCAGGUGUUCGAGGACGAGAUCUCCAGCUUGUUCACUGGCAUGAUGACCAGACAGCCGCCGGCCGAGAGGAUCCCAUCAGUUGCGUCCGAAGAAGCCAUCGAAACCGAGAUGGGCGAGGGGGAUGAUGAAGAAGAAGAAGAAGAAGAGCGGCCCCAGAGCGGGUUCGGCUUCAACCUCUUCCGCCCGUUCCUGCGACCCUUCAGUCCCGGCAGCCUCUUCGGGUUCCGCCACCCGACCGACUUCCCCAAUGACUACAAGAACUCCACGUCCAAGACCGAGAUCAUCAACGGCACGAAAGUGAUGGUGAACGAGACGAUCCACAAGGGCGGCGACGACAGCGCGUCGCACUUCGUCCACUUCAAGGUGAUCCACAUCCUGCCCGAGGGCGACGCGGCAAAGGACGGCGAAGUUGACGAGGACAGUACUGUUGUUGGAGUCGGAGAGGCGGAAGUCGCAGGCGGCGGCCAAGAAGAAGUGGAGCAGGACAAGACUGAGGUCGCGACGCAGACGGAAGGCGGCGGCGAUGAUGAUGAUGAGAGCGAAGCCGUGGAUCUGGCCCACAUCCUGCCCGAGUCUAUCACGUCCGUCAUCCCGACGGCCGCCGACAUCAAGAAGAAGGACGGCGUCAACCCGGCAGACUUCGGCUACAACGUGGGCGACAACGAGAUCGACAAGACCGUCGAGGCGGAGUGGCCGUCGGCGUCGCAGCACCAGUCGCUGCCUUCCGGCGCACCAUUGUCUGCGUGUAUGUCGGUCUUUGAUCCCGGCGGAGUCCGCGGGAUCUUGGGUUUGCUGCCAAAGGCCAGCUGGUAG